AUGUUACUUCGUUUAGCAUCUCGUCUAUUAAAUUCGUCUCCGCUUCUCUCCUCGUCAUCAAAAUAUAUCCCGAUUCGUUUAGCAAAUACAUAUAUUGAUGCAGAAUAUAUCCGUGAGAAUACACCGUCAAAUCAACAAUCUCCGUCGACGACCGAGCAAACAAAAUCAAUGACAUUCGCGAAAAUGUUUCGUCAGUCGAAGUUCGUUCAACUAGGUAAUUUGAAAGGACGUUUAUUAAGUGGACGAAUUGUUGAUGCUGUUGACGAUGAUUUAUAUGUUGAUUUUGGGGGUAAAUUUCAUGCCGUUGUUCAACGACCGCAGACAAAGCAGCGUGCUCAAUAUACAAUAGGUGCCGUUGUAUCAAUACGUUUACAAUCUUGGGAAAUGGCGGCGAGAUUUUUAGGUGCGCCGAGACACAUUUCGUUAUUAGAAGCAGACGCACAAUUAGUUGGAUUAUUAAGACGUGUUGAUCGAACGACAAAAUCACGGAAUAAAGAUAUCGAUAUAAGAUAUCGAUCAGGUGAUAGUCAAGCACGAGCUUCGUUAAAACGAGAAGUUUUAUAA